CUUGGCAGCAGAAGCCAGCACCUUGCAAUGAAUAACACCCCAUAACGGGACUGGAUGGGCUUAGAGGUCCUCUUACCCAGCCCUAAACCGUUCUAAUUCCGUGCUCGUCCGCCCUCUCCUCAUUAACAUACCCCUCAUUAGCGCGCAGAUGUAUGCGCAUACAUUUGCAUGCGGAUGAGCCGGGCGGGGAGCGGCGCGCGCUCAAAAUGGCGGAGCGGGGCGGGAGAGGCAGCGGCGGCCACGGCAGCCUGGACAAGAGCAUCACCCUCCCGCCCGACGAGAUCUUCCGCAACCUGGAGAACGCCAAGCGCUUCGCCAUAGACAUCGGUGGUUCAUUAACAAAGUUGGCAUAUUAUUCCACUGUGCAGCACAAGGUGGCAAGAGUGAGGUCCUUUGAUCAUUCAGGAAAGGACAUAGAAAAUGAACCUUUGUAUGAAAUAUCAGUUCAGGAGGAGAUUACAGCUCGACUUCACUUCAUUAAAUUUGAAAACACUUACAUUGAAACCUGCCUAGAUUUCAUCAAAGACCAUCUUGUCAAUACAGAGACAAAAGUCAUCAAAGCUACAGGUGGUGGUGCCUAUAAAUUCAAAGAUCUUAUUGAGAAGAAAUUGGGGUUGAAAGUAGAUAAAGAAGAUGUAAUGACCUGCCUAAUUAAAGGAUGCAACUUCGUGCUACGGAACAUACCCCAUGAAGUGUUUGCGUACCAGAAAGAUUCAGAUACGGAAUUCCGGUUUCAGACUAACCACCCAAAUAUUUUCCCAUAUUUACUGGUGAAUAUUGGCUCUGGGGUUUCUAUAGUGAAGGUAGAAACAGAAGACAAAUUUGAAUGGAUUGGAGGGAGCUCAAUUGGAGGUGGAACUUUCUGGGGUCUCGGAGCACUGCUCACAAAAACAAAGAAAUUUGAUGAAUUGCUGCAGCUCGCUUCAAAGGGCCAACACACAAAUGUAGACAUGUUGGUGAAAGAUGUGUAUGGAGGUGCCUACCAGACCCUGGGGCUGAGUGGAAAUCUGAUAGCUAGCAGCUUCGGGAAAUCUACCACAGCGGAUAAAGAAUUUUCCAAAGAAGAUAUGGCAAAAAGUUUACUGCAUAUGAUCAGCAAUGACAUUGGUCAACUCGCCUGCCUCUAUGCCAAACUCCAUAACUUAGAUAAAAUAUACUUUGGAGGCUUCUUUAUUCGGGGUCACCCUGUCACCAUGCGCACAAUUACCUACAGCAUCAACUUCUUCUCCAAGGGAGAGGUUCAGGCAUUGUUCCUGAGACAUGAAGGCUACCUGGGAGCCAUUGGGGCAUUUUUAAAAGGAGCUGAACAAGACAAUCCAAAUCAGUAUAGCUGGGGAGAGAAUUAUGCUGGGAGCUCUGGUCUUAUGAGCACAUCGCCUGACGUUUACCCUAUGCAGAGAACGAGGAGUGGUACAUUUGACAUGCUGGAAAUGGACAGGUUGGAGAGACCGCUUGUGAACCUACCACUGCUGAAAGACCCAUCCACCUAUAUUCCAGACACUGUUGAUCUCACAGAUGAUGCCAUGGCCAGAAAAUACUGGCUCACCUGCUUUGAGGAGGCACUGGAUGGGGUGGCAAAGCGUGCUGCAGCCAGUCAGCCAGACUCUGUUGACGCACCGGAGAGAGCAGAGAAGUUCCGACAGAAAUACUGGAAUAAGCUCCAGACACUCAGGCAGCAGCCUUUUGCAUAUGGUACCUUAACAGUCAGAAGCCUUUUGGAUACAAGGGAACACUGUUUAAAUGAGUUCAAUUUUCCGGAUCCGUAUUCGAAGGUAAAGCAGAAAGAAAAUGGCAUAGCCUUAAAAUGUUUUCAAAGCGUAAUCGAAUCUUUGGAUUCAUUAGGCUGGGAGGAGAGGCAGUUUGCUCUGGUGAAAGGACUUCUUGCGGGGAAUGUCUUUGACUGGGGAGCAAAAGCAGUCUCAGAUGUUCUGGAAUCUGAGCCCCAAUUUGGAUUUGAAGAAGCCAAGUCAAAACUACAAGAACGUCCCUGGCUGGAAGAUUCCUACAGUCAGUGGCUGGAGCGACUGAAGGAAGGUCCCCCUCAUAAAUGUGCCUUAAUUUUCGCAGAUAACAGUGGAAUAGACAUAAUUUUAGGAGUCUUUCCUUUUGUCAGAGAGCUCCUUUCUAGAGGGACAGAGGUCAUAUUGGCUUGUAACUCUGGCCCUGCCCUAAAUGAUGUCACCUACAGCGAGUCCCUGAUUGUCGCUGAACGGAUAGCAGCGAUGGAUCCCGUUAUUCAAUCUGCACUGAGGGAAGAGAAACUGCUCUUGGUUCAGACCGGUUCAAGUUCUCCGUGUCUGGAUCUCAGCCGUCUGGAUAAAGGUUUGGCCGUGCUGGUCAGAGAGCGGAAGACAGACUUGGUUAUCAUCGAAGGCAUGGGCCGGGCCAUCCACACUAAUUACUAUGCGGCUUUGAAGUGCGAGAGCCUCAAGCUUGCUGUGAUCAAAAACUCCUGGCUUGCCGAUCGUCUCGGAGGGAAAAUUUUCAGUGUCAUUUUUAAGUAUGAAGUGCCAUGUAAAUGAUGAGGGGGAAGAGCAGCAGCAAAACGGACUUGCACUAGUUUUACUUUAUCUGUAAAGAAUGUAUUUUUAUUACAACAGGAAAAAGAGUUCACAGGAAAUUCCAUAUUUAUAUUGUGCUUUUGUGACUUUAAAAGCAACAAUAUGAUUCACUCUAUAGUAUACACACUCAAAUAUAUAUAUGUAUAUCA